UCGCUGCACCUGCUCAGCCCGUCUCAGCUUCUCGCACUGACACGUUCCUCUUGAGACGUCAGUCCCGGGUCCAACCACCACCGCCACCACCACCUACAUCAGCAGCAGCAGCAUUAUGAGUCUCUAGUGUAGUUAUUUGAAAAGACCCGGACGACGCAAAGCAACAGUAGCAGCAGCAGCUACAGCGGAGGAGCCGGCGAGCAGGGUGGGGAUCCUGGGUUGGAUUCCUAGUCGCAGGAAGCCCAGACAGAGCCAUGGGUGACGGCGGAGAGGGAGAGGAUGAGAUUCAAUUCUUGAGAACCGAUGACGAGGUGGUGCUGCAGUGCACGGCCUCGAAGCUCAAGGAGGCCGUCAAGGUAUGCCUGGCGGCGGAGGGCUUCGGAAACCGCCUCUGCUUUCUGGAGUCGACGUCCAACUCCAGGAACGUGCCUCCAGAUCUCUCCAUCUGCAUCUUCGUGCUGGAGCAGUCUCUGUCGGUGCGAGCCCUGCAGGAGAUGCUGGCCAGCAACGAGGACAAGAUGGAAGGGAAUGUUGACAUGGAGAAAUGGACGGCGCAGGGAGGUGGACACAGGACGCUGCUGUACGGACACGCGAUCCUCCUGCGGCACUCCUACAGCGGGAUGUACUUGAGCUGCCUCUCGACGUCGAGGUCGUCAACAGACAAACUCGCGUUCGACGUCGGGCUCCAGGAAGACGCGUCAGGCGAGUCGUGCUGGUGGACAAUUCACCCGGCGUCCAAGCAGCGCUCGGAGGGAGAGAAGGUCCGGGUGGGAGACGACCUCAUCCUGGUCAGCGUGUCGUCGGAGCGCUACCUGCAUCUCUCCUACGCCACGGGAGGCCUCAACGUGGAUGCGUCGUUUCAACAAACGCUCUGGAACGUCGCUCCGACGUCGUCCGGCAGCGAGAUCGCGCAGGGCUUCUUGAUUGGCGGGGACGUCUUGCGCCUCUUCCACGGUCACAUGGACGAGUGCCUCACCGUCCCCUCCGCCGACCUCCCCGAGGAGCAGCGAAGGUCGGUGCACUACGAAGCCGGCGCCGUCUGCUCCCACGCCCGCUCCCUGUGGCGCUUGGAGACUCUGCGAGUCAGCUGGAGCGGAAACCACGUGCGCUGGGGGCAGCCGUUCCGGCUGAAGCACAUCACGACGGGGAAGUACCUGGGCCUCACGGAGGACAAGACGCUGUGCCUGCAGGACCGCGAGAAGUCCGACGUCAAGUCCACCGCGUUCUGCUUCCGCAUUUCCAAGGAAAAGCUCGACUCUGGGCCCAAGCGAGAGAUCGAUGGGAUGGGGCCUCCGGAGAUCAAGUACGGGGACUCGGUGUGCUUCGUGCAGCACGUGGACAGCGGCCUGUGGCUCACGUACCAGGCUCCGGACUCCAAGACCGCCCGCCUGGGCAUCCUCAUCCGCAAGGCGAUAGUCCACCAGGAGGGACACAUGGACGACGGGCUGACGCUGUCUCGCUCCCGGCCCGAAGACUCGCGCACGGCUCGAAUCAUCCGCAGCACCACGGCUCUCUUCAACAGCUUCAACAGCGGGCUGGACGCGCUGCGCGCCAAAAACCGCCCGGUGCGCGUGGAGCUGCCCUUUGUCGCCAUCCGCCUGAGCCUCCAGGACCUCAUCGACUACUUCCAGCCACCGUCGGACAGCCUGGAGCACGAGGAGAAGCAGAUCCACCUGCGCUCGCUCAAGAAUCGGCAGAACCUCUUCCAGGAGGAGGGCAUGAUCACGCUGGUGCUCGAGUGCAUCGACCGCCUGAACCUCUACAACAGCGCGGCGCACUUUGCCGAGACGGCGGGCGAGGAGGCGGGCGAAUCGUGGAAGGAAAUCCUCAACUCCCUGUACGAGCUGCUCGCCGCCCUCAUCCGGGGCAACCACGGCACCUGCGCGCAGUUCUCCAACUCCCUCGACUGGCUCAUCAGCAAGCUGGACCGGCUGGAGGCAUCUUCCGGUAUCCUGGAGGUGCUGCACUGUGUCUUGCUGGAGAGCCCCGAGGCUCUGAACAUCAUCAAAGAGGGACACAUCCGUUCCAUCAUCUCCCUGCUGGACAAGCACGGACGCAACCACAAGAUUCUGGACGUGCUCUACUCGCUGUGCGUGUGCAACGGCGUCGCCGUGAGAGCAAAUCAGAACCUCAUCUGCGACAACCUGCUCCCCGGCAGAGACCUGCUGCUGCAGACGCGGCUCGUCAACGACGUCACCAGCAUGCGCCCCAACAUCUACCUGGGCAUCUGCGAGGGCACGUCGCAGUACAAGAAGUGGUACUACGAGAUGGUGGUGGACUACGUUGAGCCGUUCGUCACCAACGAGCCGACGCACCUGCGCGUCGGCUGGGCCACGACGGAGGGCUACGCGCCGUACCCCGGCGGCGGCGAGGGCUGGGGCGGCAACGGCGUCGGCGACGACCUCUACUCGUACGCCUUCGACGGCCUCCACCUGUGGUCCGGUCGCAUCGCCAAGCCCGUGGGCUCGCCGGGCCAGCACCUGCUGAGCGCGGACGACGUGGUGAGCUGCUGCCUGGACCUCAGCAUCCCCAGCAUCUCGUUCCGCAUCAACGGGCACCCCGUGCAGGGCAUGUUCGAGAACUACAACACCGACGGGCUCUUCUUCCCCGUCGUCAGCUUCUCCGCCGGCAUCAAGGUGAGGUUCCUCCUGGGCGGCCGUCACGGCGACUUCCGCUUCCUGCCGCCGCUGGGCUACGCUCCCUGCUUCGAGGCGCUGCUGCCGCGGGAGCGCAUGCGCGUGGAGCCCAUCAAGGAGUACAAGCACGACCACGAUGGCGUGCGCGACCUGCUGGGGCCCACCUUCUCGCUCAAGCAGGACGCCUUCACGCCCGUGCCCGUCGACACCACGCAGAUUGUGCUUCCCCCAAACCUGGAGCGCAUCCGAGACAAGCUGGCGGAGAACAUCCAUGAGCUGUGGGCCACUACCAAGAUCGAGAUCGGGUGGACCUACGCAACUGCCAGGGACGAUAACCGGCGCCUGCACCCGUGCCUCGUCGAUUUCCACAAGCUGCCCGAGCCGGAGCGCAACUACAACCUGCAGAUGUCCACCGAGACCCUCAAGACUCUGCUGGCGCUGGGGUGCCACGUGGGCAUGGGGGAUGAGCAAGCCGAGUCGAAGCUCAAGCGCCUGCGGCUGCCCCGCAACUACUCCAUGGAGAGCGGCUACAAGCCGGCGCCCUUCGACCUCAACCACGUGAAGCUGACGGCCGGCCAGGAGGCCAUGGUGGACAAGCUGGCGGAGAACGCUCACAAUGUGUGGGCCCGCGACCGCAUCCGCCAGGGCUGGACCUACGGCAUCCAGCAGGACAUCAAGAACAAGCGCAACCCGAGACUCAUCCCGUACGCGCUGCUCGACGAGAGGACCAAGAAGUCGAACAAGGACAGCCUUCGCGAGGCCGUGCGCACGCUCAUUGGCUGCGGCUACGUCAUCGAGCCGCCCGACCAGGAUCCUGCGCUGCUGGCCGAGACCGCCGGGAGCAGUCACCCGGACAAGAUGCGGAUCUUCCGGGCGGAGAAGUCCUACGCCGUGUUGUCGGGGAAGUGGUACUUUGAGUUCGAGGCGGUGACGGCCGGGGACAUGCGCGUGGGCUGGGCCCGGCCCGACGUGCCCCCGGGCCACGAGCUGGGGGCCGACGAGGAGGCCUUCGUUUUCGACGGCUUCAGGGCCCAGCGAUGGCACCUGGGCAGCGAGCACUUUGGCCGAGACUGGCAGGGUGGAGAUAUCGUGGGCUGCCUCAUCGACCUCAACGACCGGUGCAUGAUGUUCACCAUCAACGGCGAGGUGCUCCUCAACGACUCGGGCUCCGAGCUUGCCUUCCGCGACUUCGAGAUUUCCGAAGGCUUCAUACCCGUGUGCAGCGUGGGAAUGAGCCAGGUGGGGAGGCUGAACUUUGGCCGCGACGCGGCGACGUUCAAGUUCUUCACCAUCUGCGGCCUGCAGGAGGGCUUCGAGCCGUUCGCCGUCAACAUGCACCGCGACGUGCCCAUGUGGUACACCAAGCGGCUGCCGCAGUUCCUGCCGGUGCAAGGCGACCACGAGCAUUAUGAGGUGACGCGGAUCGACGGGACGGUGGACAGCCCGCCGUGCCUCAAGGUCACCCACAGGACGUUCGGCACGCAGAACAGCAACAACGACCUGGUGUUCUUCCGCCUCAGCAUGCCCGUGGAGUGCUACGAGGACUACAAGCCGCAGCUCGCCGGCCACCUCAACUCGCUCAUGCAGGAGGAGGAGGUGGACAUCGACAUCGAUUCCGAGUUCGAGGUGCUCAAGAAGACGGCCGCGCGCGGGAACCUGAUCCAGUUGCCGUUCGGCUCGGCGUCGCCGCCGGGAGACAAGGACGCGGCGGCGGCGGCGGCGGCCGCCGCGGCAGCCGCCGCGUUGCCCGGCGGGGGGGCUUCUCCGCCGGCGGGGGCGGGAGGGGCCGGGGGAGCGUCGGUGACGGGGUCGUCGCUCGCGCCGCCCACGCCGACCCCGACGGCCGAGUCGAGCGGCGGCAGCAGCAACAACAAGGACGCGGCGCAGGAGAAGACGUCGCGCCUCAAGCCCAAGUUCCUCAUGCGCCGGGGGAAAGUGUCUCAGGCGCAGGCGCCCGUGGCGCCGCCCAUGCCCGUGCACACGCGGCUGCAGGAGGAGGUGCUGCCCGACGACCGCGAUGACAUGGAGACGCUCAUGAGGACCACGCUGUAUUACUACUCCGUGAAGAUCUUCCCCGGCCAGGAGCCGACGGGCGUGUGGGUCGGCUGGGUGACGCCCGACUUCCACCAGUACGGGAAGACCUUCGACCUGGAGAAGGUGCGCAGCGUCAUGGUGACGCUCGGUGAUGACAAGGGCAAGGUGAACACCAGCAUCAAGCGCAGCAACUGCUUCAUGGCGUGGUGCGGUGAGUUUGGAGGGCAGCAAGGCCAGGGGCGCAACAACAUCAGCAUCGACAUCGGCUGCCUCAUCGACAUCGGCAGCGGACUUCUCACGUUCUACGCCAACGGCAAGGAGAUCCCCACCUACUAUCAGAUUGAGCCUGGCACCAAGGUCUUCCCGGCCGUGUUUGUGCAGCCCACGUGCACCAACAUGUUCCAGUUUGAGUUGGGCCGCAUCAAGAACGUGAUGCCGCUGUCGGCCGGCAUGUUCAAGAGCGAGCGACAGCAUCCGACGCCGCAGUGCCCACCGCGGCUCGACGUGCAGAUGCUCAUGCCGGUGCUGUGGAGCCGCACGCCCAACCAGUUCCUGCACGUGGAUGUGGCGCGCACGAGCGAGCGCGAGGGCUGGAUGGUGGAGUGCACCGAUCCGCUCGUCAUGAUGGCGCUGCACUUCCCCGAGGAGAACAGGUGCAUCGACAUCCUGGAACUCUCUGAGCGCAUGGACCUGCUCAAGUUCCAGUUCUACACCCUGAAGCUCUACUCGGCGCUGUGCGCCCUGGGCAACAGCCGCGUGUCGCACGCCCUCUGUAGCCACGUCGCCGAGAACCAGCUGCUCUACGCCAUCGAGUCCAAGUACAUUCCGGGCCUCCUGCGCAGCGGCUACUACGACCUGCUCAUCGACAUCCACCUGCAGACGUACUCGACGGUCCGCCUGAUGAUGAGCAACGAGUACAUCGUGCCCAUGACGGACGACACGUGCAGCAUCACCCUGUUCCCCGACGAGAGCAAGCGGCACGGGCUGCCGGGCGUUGGGCUCACCACGUCGCUCCGCCCGCUCAUGUACUCGUCCGAGAUCAGCUUUGUCAAGUCGCUGGGCAGCGUGUACCAGCACAGCCCCGAGUUCCCGCUCGGCAUCCUCAAGGUGAAGACGCUAGACAUGCUGACGGAGGCCGUGCGCGACGGCGGCUGGCACAUCCGCGACCCCGUGGGCAGCAGCACGGAGUUCCUGUUCGUGCCGCUGCUCAAACUCGUGUGCACGUUGCUCGUCAUGGGCGUGUUCGGGGACGACGACGUGCGGCACAUCCUCCUCCUCAUCGACCCCGGCGUCUUCAAGGAGCACAGAGACGAGGAGGAGGAGGAGGAGGAGGUGGUGGGUGUCGACGGGGUCGGGGGGGGGAGCCCGGCGAAGGAGUUGCUGGCGCUGGAAGGCGCCGGGGAUGAGGAGGGAGGGGAGAAGGACGAUUUUUACGAUGACGACGACGAGGAGGACGAGGAGGGGGAGGAAUACGACGAAGAGGAGGGGGAUGAGAAUGUGGAGAUGGUCGAGGGAGAGGCGGAGCACGCCGCGUCCAAAGCGAAGGGGAGGAGGGCAGCGAGUAAGAGACGCGGACGCGGCGGUGUGGAUGACGAGGUGGAGAAGGAGAGCGGGCGGGAGAAGGAGGCGGACGAUGCGGAGAGGAAGGAGAAGGCCGCGGGCGCCGGCGACGGGGAAGGAGAGGAGGAGGUGAUUGCCGGCGAGGGCCUGCUCUAUAUGAAGCUCGUGGAGCCGGUGAAGUUGCAGAUGUGCCACCUUCUGGAGUACCUGUGCGAGUGCCAGCUGCGCCACCGCAUCGAGGCGAUCGUGGCGUUCUCGGACGCCUUCGUCGCCAAGGUCCAGGCGAACCAGAAGUUUCGCUACGACGAGGUCAUGCAGGCGCUCAACAUGUCGGCCGCGCACACCGCGCGCAAGACCAAGGAGUUCCGCUCGCCGCCGCAGGAGCAGGUCAACAUGCUGGUCAGCUUCAAGAACAUUUCGGAGGAUGAGGAGAGCCCAUGUCCUGAUGAGGUUCAGGAGAAACUGGAGAAUUUCCAUCAUGAUCUGCUGCUGCAUUGCGGAUUUGAGCUUGAGGUGGAGGAGGAGGAGGAAGGGGAAGCUGACCCGUCGUGGCGCGGGAAGCUGAUGUCCCUGGUGGAGCGCGUGAAGAACCUGCGCAAGGCCAAGGAGGAGGAUAAGCCUCAAGACGAGGAGGAGAAGAAGCCGUCCACGCUGCACGAGCUCAUCUCGACGGUGAUGAUCCACUGGGCGCAGGAGUCGCGCGUGGCCGACCCCGAGCUGGUGCGCGCCAUGUUCGGCCUGCUCCACCGGCAGUACGACGGCAUCGGCGAGCUGAUGCGCGCGCUGCCCAAGACGUACACCAUCAGCGGCAACUCCACCGAGGACACGCUCGACCUCCUAGCCUCGCUCGGGCAGAUCCGCUCGCUGCUCCGCGUGCGCAUGGGCAAGGAGGAGGAGCAGCUCAUGAUCCGCGGCAUUGGCAACAUCAUGAACAACAAGCUGUUCUACCAGCACCCUAACCUGAUGCGAGCCCUGGGGAUGCACGAGACGGUCAUGGAGGUGAUGGUGAACGUGCUGAGUGGAGGCGAGGGUCAGGAGAUCACCUUCCCUAAGAUGGUGGCGAACUGCUGUCGAUUCCUCUGCUACUUCUGCCGCAUCAGCCGGCAGAACCAGAAGUCCAUGUUUGAGCACCUGAGCUACCUGCUGGAGAACAGCAGCUUCGGGCUGGGCAACGCGUCGUUUGGAAUCAAGGGAUCGACGCCCUUGGAUGUGGCGGCGGCGUCCGUGAUGGACAACAACGAACUCGCUCUCGCCUUGACGGAACCCGACCUGGAGAAGGUGGUGAAGUACCUGGCGGCUUGCGGCCUGCAGAGCAGCCCCAUGCUGCUGGCACGCGGGUGGCCCGACAUCGGCUGGAACCCCAUCGAGGGCGAGCGCUUCCUCGACUUCCUCCGUUUCGCCGUCUUCGUCAACGGCGAGAGCGUGGAGGAGAACGCCAACGUGGUGGUGCGGCUGCUCAUCCGGCGGCCCGAGUGCUUCGGGCCGGCGCUGCGCGGCGAGGGCGGCCAGGGCCUCCUCCUGGCCAUCGAGGACGCCAUCAAAGUGGCGGAGGAGCCCGACCGCAGCGCCCCGCCGGUGGCAGGCCACAAGCGCGGAGCGCCUAAAUCCAGGAGCCGCAUCGAAGACUUUGCUCAAAAGAGCAGUGCCAUGGGGGUCAGCACGGAGGACGAGGAGGUGGGGAAGAGGUCGUUCCACAUCGGCCACGCCAUCCUCUCCUUCUACUCGGCCCUCAUCGAUCUGCUCGGGCGCUGCGCCCCAGAGAUGCACCUGAUCCAAGCUGGGAAAGGAGAGGCGCUGAGAAUCCGAGCGAUCCUACGAUCCCUGGUGCCCCUGGAAGACUUGGAGGGGGUUAUCAGCAUCACAUUCAACAUGCCCGCCAUCGGGAAAGACGGUGGCGUGGUGCAACCGCGCAUGUCUGCCGGCUUCUGCCCGGACCACAAGGCGCCGAUCGUACUCUUCCUGGACCGUGUGUACGGCAUCGAGAGCCGCGAGUUCCUGCUGCACCUCCUGGACAUCGGAUUCCUGCCCGACCUUCGCGCAGCCGCCUCCCUCGACAACCCGCUGCUGAGCUCCACGGACAUGGCGCUGGCGAUGUACCGCUACCUGAGCACGGCGGUGCUGCCGCUCAUCACCAAGUGUGCGCCGCUGUUUGCCGAGACGGAGCACCACGCCACGCUGGUGGACUCGAUGCUGCACACCGUGUACAAGCUCUCCAAGGGCCGCUCGCUCACCAAGGCGCAGAGGGACGCCAUCGAGGACUGCCUCAUCUCCGUGUGCGGGCAGCUGCGCCCCUCGAUGAUGCAGCACCUUCUGCGCCGGCUCUCGUUCGACGUCCCCCUCCUCAACGAGCACUCCAAGAUGCCGCUCAAGCUGCUCACCAACCACUACGAGCGGUGCUGGCGCUACUACUGCCUGCCCGGAGGGUGGCUGGGUUUGGGCAUCGCUUCGGAGGAGGAGCUGCACCUCACCAGGAAGCUCUUCUGGGGCAUCUUCGAGUCGCUGGCACAGCAGCGCUACGAGCCCGAGCUCUUCAAGAUGGCGCUGCCGUGCCUGAGCGGCAUCGCCGGCGCGCUGCCCCCCGACUACAUGGAGUCGCAGUACAUGGCGGCGCUGGAGAAGCAGGUGUCCGUCGACGCCGACGGAAACUUCGAGCCGAGGCCCAAGGACACAGUCAGCAUCAUCAUCCCGGAGAAGCUCGACUAUCUCAUCAACAAAUACGCGGAAAACACUCACGACCGCUGGGCACUGGACAAGAUCACCCAAGAGUGGACGUACGGAGAGGCGGAGGAUCCAGAGGCUAAAACGCAUCCCAUGCUGAAGCCUUUUAAACUCUUCUCCGAGAAGGAGAAGGAGACGUACCGCUGGCCAAUUAAGGAGUCGAUCAAGACGAUGAUCGCGUGGGGGUGGUCCAUCGAGCGCUCGCGCGACGCCGACCAGAUGGCGGCCCAGGGGAAAGGAUCUUCCCAGCCACCCAUCGACCUGCAACAGGGCUACAGCCCGCGGCCUGCGGACAUGAGCAACGUCACGUUGUCCAGGGACUUGCAGUCCAUGGCUGAGCAGUUGGCUGAAAACUACCACAACACCUGGGCCAAGAACAAGAAGGUGGAGCUUGAUGCUAAGGGAGGAGGAAACCACCCCCUGCUGGUGCCGUACGACACGCUGACGGCCAAGGAGAAGGCGCGGGACCGGGAGAAGGCGCAGGACCUCCUCAAGUUUCUGCAGAUCAACGGCUACGCCGUGUCUCGGGGAAUGAAGGACAUGGAGAUGGAUUCAUCGUCCAUAGAGAAGCGCUACGCCUUCGGCCUCGUGCAGAAGCUCAUCGAUUACGUGGACGCUGCCCACGAAUACAUUCGGCAGCUGGAUUCUGGCGUGACGAUCGUGCGGGAUUCAAGGUCAUCGAAUGAACAAGAAAUCAAAUUUUUCGCUAAGGUGGUGCUGCCGCUCAUCAACCACUACUUCAACAACCACCGGCAGUAUUUCCUGGCCACGCUAACCCGGCCUCUGCCAGGUGGCAGCCACGCGUCUCCCAAGGAGAAGGAAAUGGUCACAAGCCUGUUCUGCAAACUCGGCGUGCUUAUUAGGCACCGGAUAUCCAUAUUUGGUGCCGACGCCAUCUCCAUUGUCAACUGCAUGCACAUCCUUGCCCGGUCAAUCGAUGCCAGGACCGUGAUGAAGACGGGCCCGGAGAGCAUCAAGGCGGCGCUGCGUUCGUUCUUCGACUACGCGUCGGAGGACCUGGAGAAGACGAUGGAGAACGUGAAGCAGGGCCGCUUCGCGCACACUCGCACGCAGCUCAAGGGCGUCGCGCAGAACAUCAACUACACCACAGUGGCCCUGCUGCCCGUGCUCACCUCGCUCUUCGAGCACGUCGCCCAGAACCAGUUCGGCACCGACAUCAUGCUUGAUGACGUUCAGGCUUCCUGCUACAAGAUCCUCUCGUGCCUCUACUCCAUGGGCACGGGCAAGAACGUCUACGUGGAGAGGCAGCGCCCGGCGCUGGGCGAGUGCCUCGCCGGCCUUGCCGGCGCCUUCCCCGUCGCUUUCCUGGAGCCGGAGCUCAACCAGAACAAUUCCUGCUCCGUCUACGUCACCAAGACCCCCCGCGAACGCGCCAUGCUGCUGCUGCCACCCAAGGUGGAGGAAGCUUGCCGGGACAUCCCGUCGCUCGACAAGCUCAUGCAGGACAUCAACCAGCUGGCGGAGUCAGGCGCCCGCUACACCGAGAUGCCCCACGUGAUCGAGGUCAUCCUGCCCAUGCUGUGCAACUACCUGCUGCACUGGUGGGAGAGCGGGCCCGACGUGCAGCACGACCCCGAGAAGCCUGGCUGCACCACCGUGACGGCGAGCCACAUGAACCAGCUGCUCGGCAACAUCCUCAAGAUCAUCGUCAACAACCUGGGCAUCGACGAGGCGUCCUGGAUGAAGCGCAUCGCCGUGUUUGCCCAGCCCAUCAUCGGCAAGGCCCGGCCAGAGCUGCUCAAAUCGCACUUCAUCCCCACCAUGGAGAAGCUGAAGAAGAAGGCGAGGAAGGUGGUGGCAGAGGAAGACCGUCUCAGGGCCCAGAGCUCGGGAGACAUGUCCGAGUCGGAGCUGAUGCUGCUGGACGAGUUUGCGAUUCUCUCGCGGGAUCUCUACGCCUUCUACCCGCUGCUCGUCAGAUACGUGGACAUCAACAGAUCCAAGUGGAUUAAGUUUCCCAAUCCGGAUGCGGAGGAGCUUUUCCGAAUGGUGGCUGAGAUCUUCAUCUACUGGGCCAAGUCACACAAUUUCAAACGCGAAGAGCAGAACUUUGUGGUUCAAAACGAAAUCAACAACAUGUCCUUCCUCAUCUCUAGCGACACAAAGAGUAAGAUGUCAAAGGGUCGUGGAGAUGACGAGCGUAAGAAGACGCGUCGUCCCGGAGACCGCUACUCCGUGCAGACGUCUCUCAUCGUGGCGGCGCUGAAACGGCUGCUGCCCAUCGGCCUCAACAUGUGCGGUCCCGGCGACCAGGAGCUCAUCACCAUGGCCAAGAGCCGCUACAACUUGCUGAUGGACGAUGAAGUCCGCGACUACAUCCGCAACAACCUGCACUCCCAAAGCAAGAUGGACGAUCCCGCGAUCCGCUGGCAAAUCUCGCUCUACAAGGACCUGCCGGGGAAGGCCGAGGAUUGCUCUGACCCGGACAAGACGGUCGACCGUGUGGCCGAGAUUGCUGCUGUGCUGUACCAUCUGGAGAUGGUGGAGCAUCCGCACCGCUCCAAGAAGGCGGUGUGGCACAAGCUGCUCUCAAAGCAGCGCAAGAGGGCUGUGGUCGCCUGCUUCCGCAUGGCGCCUCUCUACAACUUGCCGAGGCACCGCGCCAUUAAUCUCUUCCUCGAUGCGUAUAAGAAACACUGGAUAGAGACAGAGGAGAAUGCCUAUGAGGAUAAGCUAAUUGAUGACAUAGCCAAAUCCAUCGACGACGAUGAAGAGGAGAAGGAGUCGGAGGACACAGAGGUGGAGACUCAUCCCGAUCCUCUCCACCAACUCAUCCUCUACUUUAGUCGAACGGCACUGACGGAGAAAUCGAAACUGGAGGAGGAUUUCUUGUACAUGGCCUACGCCGACAUAAUGGCCAAGAGCUGCCACGCCGGCAUUGACGAGGAGGAGGAAGACUCGGCCACCUUUGAGGAAAAGGAGAUGGAGAAGCAGAAGCUGCAGUACCAGCAGUCUCGGCUGCACGAGAGGGGGGCGGCUGAGAUGGUGCUGCAGAUGCUGGGAGCCAGCAAAGGCGUGAAAAGCCCCAUGGUUCGGUCGACGCUGAAGCUUGGGAUUGCCGUACUGAAUGGUGGCAACUGCACCGUACAGAACAAAAUGCUGGACUAUCUCAAGGACAAGAAGGACAGCACAUUUUUCCAAAGCGUUGCGGGACUCAUGCAGAUAUGCAGCGUUCUGGAUCUGAAUGCUUUUGAGCGGCAGAACAAAGCGGAGGGGCUAGGUAUGGUAACGGAGGAAGGAUCAGUCAUUUCUCACGAACAGGGUGACAAGGUCAUGCAGGAUGACAGCUUCACCUGUGACCUCUUCCGGUUUCUACAACUUCUGUGCGAGGGCCACAACUCUGACUUCCAGGACUACCUGCGGACCCAAGUCGGCAACAACACAACGGUCAACAUUGUCAUCGCCACUGUGGACUACCUGCUGAGGUUGCAGGAAUCCAUCAGCGACUUCUAUUGGUACUACUCGGGCAAAGAGAUCAUCGACGACCACGGACGCAGAAACUUCUCCAAGGCGAUGGCGGUGGCCAAGCAAGUGUUCAACUCCAUCACUGAGUACAUCCAGGGUCCGUGCACAGGAAACCAGAAGAGCCUCGCUCACAGCAGGCUCUGGGAUGCCGUCGUGGGCUUCCUGCACAUCUUCGCCCACAUGCAGAUGAAGCUGGCGCAGAUUCACGACAUUCGGACGGGCUUUCGUAUUCAUGACUCGGCGCAAAUUGAGUUGCUGAAGCAGCUGCUGGACCUGCAGAAGGACAUGAUUGUCAUGCUGCUGUCCAUGCUGGAAGGCAACGUCGUCAACGGGAUGAUCGGCAAGCAGAUGGUGGACAUGCUGGUCGAGUCGUCCAACAACGUCGAGAUGAUCAUCAAGUUCUUCGACAUGUUCCUGCGCCUCAAGGAGAUCGUCUCCUCGGACGCCUUCCGCGACUAUGACCCCGAGCGGAAGGGGCGCAUCUCCAAGCGCGACUUCCAGAAGGCCAUGGACUGCCAGAAGGCCUACAGCCCCUCGGAGGUCCGCUUCCUGCUGUCGUGCGGCGAGAUCGACGAGAACGAGAUGCUCGACUACGAGGAGUUUGCCGAUCGCUUCCACGAGCCGGCCAAGGACAUCGGCUUCAACCUCGCCGUGCUGCUCACCAGCCUCUCAGAGCACAUGCCCAACGACGUGCGCCUUCACAACUUCCUGGAGAAGUCGGAGAGCCUGCUCAACUACUUCACGCCCUACCUGGGCCGCAUUGAGAUCCUCGGCAGUGGCAAGCGCAUCGAGCGGGUGUACUUCGAGAUCUCGGAGUCGAGCCGCAACCAGUGGGAGAUGCCCCAGGUGAAGGAGUCGAAGCGGCAGUUCAUCUUCGACGUGGUGAACGAGGGCGGCGAGAAGGAGAAGAUGGAAAUGUUCGUCAACUUCUGCGAGGACACCAUCUUCGAGAUGCAGAUCGCGGCCGACAUCUCGGAGCAGGACGAGGAGGACGGCGAGGAGGCGGAGGGCGAGGAGGCGGAGAAGGAGAGCGUGGACGGGGAGAUGGAAGACCACGGCAUCUUCUCCCUGGGCUUCUUCAGGUCGGCGGCGGGCACCGCCGUGGGGCACGUCUUGACUGCGCUGUGGAUCGUCUCACCCUGGAACAUCAAGCGGCAGCUGAGGAAGCUGAUGAAGAUGACCUUCAGGGAGAUGGGCUCGUCGGUCGCCGCAUUCUCCACCGCCUCCGCCGUGACCCUCUUCAGCGUCCUCUACAGCGUGGGGCACGGCUUCGUCCGCAUCGUCACGGGCAGCGUCUUCGGCGACAACCUCGUCGAGGGCGUCAAGAAGAUGACCGUGACGGACAUCUUGGCCGGCAUGCCCGACCCGACGCAGGACGACGUGCGCCGGGAGGCGGCCGAGGUGGAGCAGAACGAGGAGGAGGAGGAGGAGGCCACGCAGGACCUCAUGGACCUGACGGCGGCCGACGACCAGGCCGACCUGUCGGCGGACAUCUUCAACGUGGACCUGAAGAAGGAGUCCGGGCUGGGGGCGGGCGACGCCGCCGAGUCGGCCUCCGGCAGCGCGAGCGCGUCGCCCGCCGACAUCAUGAAGACGUUCAAGGCGGCGAAGAAGGCGCGCACCCUGGAGCCCAGCGUGGAGCCCGAGAAGGCAGACAAGGAGAACGGCGAGAAGACGGGAGGGGAGGACCAGACGGAGGGGACCCCCAAGAAGAAGAGGCGGCUGAAGCAGCCGAAGAAGGCGGAGGAGACCGAGGAGGAGGAGUCCGUCUUCUGGAAAAACAUCACGGCCUACCAGAAGACCUUCGUGAAUUCGUUGGCUCGGAAUUUCUACAACCUCAGGAUGCUGGCCCUGUUCGUCGCGUUUGCAAUCAACUUUAUUCUUCUCUUCUACAAGGUGACGACCGACCUCAAGGAGAUGGCGGAGGAGCUGGAGGAGGCCUCCGGCAUCGACCUCGACGAACUGCUGGGCUCGGCCGCCGGCGACGAUGACGACGGAGGAGGAGGCAAUGGCGGAGGCGGCGGCGGCGACGACGACGACGACGACGACGAGGGCCUCUCCUACUUCAUCCUGGAGGAGAGCACGGGAUACAUGGCCCCGUCGCUCAAGUUCCUCUCCAUUGCCCACACGGUGCUCUCCAUCCUCUGCAUCAUCGGAUACUACUGCCUCAAGGUGCCGUUGGUCGUGUUCAAACGGGAGAAGGAACUGGCCCGGAACCUGGAGUUUGACGGUCUGUACAUCACAGAGCAGCCGGACGACGACGACAUCAAGGGCCAGUGGGACGGACUCGUCAUAAACACCCAAUCAUUUCCCAACAACUACUGGGACAAGUUCAUUAAGCGCAAGGUAAUGGAGAAGUACGGAGAUUUCUACGGCCGCGACCGCAUGAGUGAGCUCCUGGGUCUCGACAAGAACACGCUGGACUUCAGCAAGGAGAUGUCCGCACCUGAGGAGCAGGAAAGCCUCCUCACCAUCAUCGGGUUAUUUACUGGAAAGCAGAAAAGAAUCAACUACAUCGACUUCAAGUAUCAGCUCUGGAAGCUUGGCGUUGUGUUCACCGAUAACUCCUGGCUCUACCUGACGUGGUACAUGAUCAUGUCCAUGCUGGGCCACUACAACAACUUCUUCUUUGCCACCCACCUGCUGGACAUCGCCAUGGGCGUGAAGACACUGAGAACCAUCCUCUCGUCCGUCACCCACAACGGCAAGCAGUUGGUGCUGACCGUGGGGCUGCUGGCCGUGGUGGUCUACCUCUACACCGUCAUCGCCUUCAACUUCUUCCGCAAGUUCUACAACAAGAGCGAGGACGAGGACGAACCCGACAUGAAAUGCAACGACAUGCUCACCUGCUACAUCUUCCACCUGUACGUGGGCGUGCGUGCCGGCGGGGGCAUCGGAGACGAGAUCGAGGACCCGGCGGGCGACGAAUACGAGGUCUACCGCAUGAUGUUCGACAUCACCUUCUUCUUUUUCAUCAUCGUCAUCCUCCUCGCCAUCAUCCAGGGUCUGAUCAUCGACGCGUUCGGUGAGCUGAGAGACCAGCAAGAGCAAGUGAAGGAGGAUAUGGAGACGAAAUGCUUCAUUUGUGGCAUUGGAAACGAUUACUUUGACUCCGUUCCGCAUGGCUUUGAGACGCACACCUUGCAAGAGCACAACUUGGCCAAUUACCUAUUUUUCUUCAUGUACCUGAUCAAUAAAGAUGAGACGGAGCACACUGGACAGGAAUCGUACGUUUGGAAGAAGUACCAGGAGAGAUGCUGGGAGUUUUUCCCCGUCGGCGAUUGUUUCCGCAAGCAGUACGAAGAUCUGCUCGGAUGAGCCGAAAAUCCCAGGGAUUUCCAUCUUUUCAUUAUUUUUUUUUCUAUCCUUUUAUCGCUCUCUCUCUCUCUGCCUUCGUGCAAUGCAAACAAGGCUCUUCGAAGAAGCACGGUUGAAAGCAGUGUUACCCUUGUGGUGUUUGGCCCCCCCCAACCCCUCACCCCUCACCCCCCCCCAAACCCUGGAGGCGCCCUCAACUUUAAUGUUGUGCGAAAAGACAAAAAUGAAGAACACGACUCCGUAGGUUUAUUCACGGACGUACCGCGUCCUCUCCGAUGCUUCUUCGGUUCGUACCGCGUGUUGCUCGGCACGAUGUCCGACGUUUCGCUCCACGCGCAGGGAGCUUCUCCAGGAACUGAAUUUUUAUUUUUAGCCCCCACCCCCCCCCCCCCCCCCGCAGGCACGUGGAGCAAAACGUCGGACGUCGUGCCGAGCAAUGCGCGGUGCACCCAGAAAAGGCGUCGGACAUGUGACAAUUAUUACUAAGCGUAAUUUUGCAUUCAAAAACUGAAUAUAUAUGAGCAUAAUCCAUGUGUGUUUGCACAUACGUGUACAUGUAAGUGAAGGCUGCACCUAUACAAAUGUUAACGUGUUAAGAUCCCAUAACAUGGUUUUUGAUUGAUCAAUCAUGGAGGAAUACGGAUGAUGGGUUGAAUUUACCUCGCACAUGGAUUUGAACUCACAGCCUACCAAAACCGUGGGUCAAUCAUCCGACCCGAUGGUUAACGUGACGCACACCCUGCACCCGUUCAUGUCAACAAGGUCGCCUGCAGUGUUACCAAGUCGCUAUGUUUGCAAGACGGCCAAAAGCUGCAUAUAAGCACACCGAAUAUAUCAAAGCCCUGCCACCUCUUGCACAUACAUCUGGCUCGGGGAGCUCUGCAGAGCCACGUCUAGUGGAGGCCCUUCGAAGCCAGCAGGUGUGCAAGCAAACCAACCAAUGCAAGGCUUCUCUACCAUUACCUCCAACGUGCAAAACACGGUUCUGAUAUAAGGAAGCUAUCCGUAGAUUACACUGGUGUGGGAAAGGCAAAGGGCAACUUCUGAAUACAAGUACACUUCGGUUAUAAGUACACCUGGACUCCGCUGCCUAUUCAAAGUGAAAAGUGAUUUCCUGCUCGUGUGAGCAAUUAAGUCAGCGCUCAACCUCCUAUUUACAGUGCUGAGUCGGUGGUGGGAAAUCGACAUUACUAGUGCAGGGGUGAGUCUUACCUAUAGGAUGAUGGCUGUUGGCUUCACCAAAAGGUGGUUACCUCAUUUUAUGAACCCUGUAGGGAUGAUGGGCUGAAUGAUCACCCGACCAGGAUUCUGACUCAACAUUCUGAUUGUGAGCCGUUCGCCCUGCCGCUGAGCCGGCUUGCUCCCAAGGACUGUUCUUAAUAUCCCAGCUGCUAACUUGCUAAAUACAUGAUCGCCGUGUUAGCUGCCUACCGAUCAGCACGGUUGAGUACGUACGGCGCAAAAGAAGUGUGAACAUGCACACGGACAUCUGUAGGCAUCUGGUACAUGUUUUAAAGGAAUGACCAGUGCUUUUUUUCUUCUUUAUCCUCCAUGCCAAGUGGAGCGUUAACAAGCCAAUAACAAAAUCUACUCGGGGGACUCAAAAUUAAUAAUGAAAGUCGCCCUAUUGCGAAUGUGACGGCGAAACCCAUUGACCACGUGACCGACCACUUGCCCACGUGGAAGCGCUUGCACGCAGGGAGGGUUACAGGACGCCACAAGAGCGACUCCCGAUGCCACCGAUCGAAGCGAUUGCCAACCAAAAAUGCAUUGGCCGGUUGCUUUUCAAAGCUUUUCAAAAAAACACCGCGCGAAAGACGGAGAGAGAGAGCGAGCGAGAGACGAGGGCUCUCGAAUGCCGAGGCGCGUUUGUGAUCAGGCCAGCGGGUGUUGCCAGUCAGUGUCGCGCGCUCCAUCUGCCCAUCGAUCGUCGUCCGCGUUGGGAACGAACGCACUCGCAUUUAUAAACAAAAAGGAGGGCUGCGGUUGAGCAAAUCUCAGCCCAAUGGAACAUUGACCGAGACGCGACGCGUUGUGGCGCUGCCACUGUGGUGUGGAUGUUUGUUUUGGCAUGGUAAAUGAGAUUUACCGCAAUUUUGGUCUACGGUUGACGGAUAGAGACAAUUGUACGAGAUCUACGCCACCUCGUCUGGCGUUGAAGCUGGGAAACCCUCAAUGUUUCUGCUUCUCUAACAUCAGGAAGAACCCGGUCACCUCUGUUCAAUUGCUGACACGAAUUGUCUUUGUUGACGAUAUAUAACAAUACAUUGCGCUGUAAAACUCUUCCGGGGCGUUACGAAAGCUUAUUCACAACUUCCUUGCCAGUCCGCGCGCAACACUUUUGAUAAAUAAUGCAACGCUUAAAAACAUGAAAAUUGUUUCUCUAACAAAUUAUUUUGUGGAAGGAAAAAAAACCGAGAUUGGAUAUUGCUUGGUGCACAUAGUUUUUGAGUGGGUAUAUGAAUGUUCGUCCGUGCCAAAUGCAUUUUUACUGAAAAGUAUAUUUCAACUUUAUUUUUUAAAUGCUAAAAAAUGUGCUUCUUUUCAAACUAAUUUUCAUUAACCUCUACCCGCUCUCGUAAUUUUUUUUAUGGUAAACGUUUUUAGAAUUACGAGUCUUUUAUAUAUUUAAACGUUGAGAUCGUCAACAUUUUAUUUGAAUUUAUAAUUAUUUCACAGUCUCAAUUUAAUGCAAAACACGAUUUAAAAUUUUCUUUAAAAGGUUGGAUUUAAAAACAGACCUAUCCUUACCUCCAGUUCUGCACGGGGGCAUUUUUUGAUGAUGAUUAGAUUUGUCAAACCAAAAUGCGGUUAUUUUAAAUGCCCUUAACUAAACAAUACUACUGCAUAGGUUUUAAUGUUUGUGCUGUAUAGCUCUCUGAUGUGAUUUUUUUUAAGCUCUAAAGAAAUUAGCCAAUAAUGACUACUGCAUCGACAUGAACCAGAAUGACAACGUCCCUUGAUCGGCCUUAGUCCUGUGAAUAAUGAAAGAGCUGCACGGGAAUGUGUGUAGUUAUCCAAAGAUGCCCUCUUACUUUUGUAGGUGUUGCAAAGCUAAGUCAAUCGUCAGGUUUGACAUUUUAUUUUCACGAGCUAAUUACUUUCAACAUGCCGGUCUGGGUUCUUUGAGUAGCGGUGGCGCAGUGGUUAGCACAUUGCGCGAAAUGUAACCCAGUGACCUGAGUCCCGAACACUUCCCCCUUCACUAGCAUGUACUAGCCAGCAUGGUGAAGUAUGGUCAACACAGAAUUGGGAGGGGGGGGGGCCGGGAACCAAACAUCCAGCAGUGGCUUGACAAUCUGCCAUGAAUUGCAACGAGGCUACUUCGUCUCGAUUUUAGCCAACCUAUGCCGUUGUCUGAGAGACUUCGUACUUUUGAUUAAACAAGAACAUUGAUUCAGUUUGUCAUAGCAUACUGUUUUGGAACUACUGUGAUAUUCCUCAGGCAAAUUGUUGGUGAAUUACUACAAACGAUGGACUUGUUAUUCCGUGACAAAUAUCCGGUGCAUGUUUGUAUGUGUGUAUGUGUGAUAUGCUAUUCUGGGGGUGGAUUUGCAGCUGCUGAUAUGUCUGAAUAUCAAAAGCUUACUCGUCACUGUCACUUAAUUUCUGUCCGCCAAUUGUUGGUGUCUUUUAUUUUUGCGAGCGAAUGUAACGCUGUGGCAUUUGUGUUCUCCACGCAUGCCUUGCUUCUGAUGAACCACUCAUUACUAAUCCCUACGCCUGCCAAUCAGCGUUUCUAUAACAACUCUAACAAAAACUUUAAUCGAGGAAUGUUUUGUUACGACCAGGUAGUUAAUAGUUUUUUUUGCUGAAAUUCCCAGCUGUUAAUUAUCUUCUUUAGCCUUGCUUUUAAAUUAAAAUUGAGCUUUAUUUGAAGUUUCCCCCCCCCCUCCCCAUCCCUUUAUUUUUUGUGUUAUACAAAGUAGAGAUGUUUUGCUGUUGAAUAUAAAGUAUAUUUUACAAUUGACAAAUAUUUUAAUUUAUUUCACGGUUAAGACAAUGACAGUAUUCAUUCGGACAAUUUUCCUCACGGCAAACGAUUGUGUUGUGUGAAUACCAGGCCUUUUAUUUCAUACCCAACAGCCUUGGCAAGGCCCUGCGCCGACAAGGCGCACUGAGAGCGUGAAUAAACCGUUCAUCUUAAAAGUUAGACGUUUAAUUGUUGGGCGCAUCGCAAAAAAACCGGAUGAAUACGUGACUUUACCCAAUAGAACCAAAGAGUAUUGUCGGCAAAGGUCUGCUUAUGCAUACAUACACGGAUGGGUUUGCUGUUGAGCAAAAUGUUAGAACAUUUUGACAUAUGUAGCCUUGUGCACUAAACAUGGACUGUUGAACUUGGCAAUGUGAAUACACAAUAAAGCGUGUGAAAUUUCAAA